AUGUCUAUAUCAACUACACAUAAAAAUAAUCGUACAAAAUAUACUGAUGAUGAUGAUAGUGAUUAUUACAGUCAAACUAAUGGUUAUUCAAUGAGUAAUAAAGUUAAAUAUUUAACACCAAGAAAAUAUCAUUUACAACAACAUACACAAGGAUCUCCUGGUUUUUCAAGGACAUCUACUGAUGAUGAAGUACAAUCAGAUAAAAAAAUAGAACAUACAUUAACACCAUCAAAAUAUCGUCUUAGACAAUUCUAUUCAUCUUCAUCGAAUCAUAAUAAUAAAGUACAUAAUCGUCAAUACCAACAAGUAUCUUUUGAAGAUAUUGAUCAAGAUCGUACUGAAAUAUCGUAUGAAAAAUAUCCUAUUAUUAUGGGAGAUUUUAUAUUAACUAAAAAACCAAUUGAAAAUCAUAAUGUUUAUAAUUAUCAACCUAAACAUAGACCAGCAUCAUAUAUAUACAAAGGUACAUUGAAUAGUUCGGAAAUUCAAGAACGUGCAUCAAAUAGAAUGAAACAAUUUAUUCAACAACGAAAUCGUACUUUAUCAUCAAAUUCUAUACAAAAUGAAAAAUAUAAUUCAAAUAUAUCGUCAAUAUACAAUAAUAUUGAUGAUCAAUAUCAAUCAUCUAUUCCUGAUAAUGAAUUUUCAUCAACAAUGAUGCCAUCUUCAAAUAUUGUUCGAUCAGCAACAAAUGAUAAUUUACAUGAUGUUGUAUUCGAAUGUUUUCGUCAACAGAAUGAUUCAUUGUCUAAAUUUUAUCGAUCACCAUUAUCUACUUCAGAAAAUUUUGAUGAGAAAAUUCCAUCAAAUUCAUAUACUUACUUUUCAACAGAACCAGAGAGUAUAUAUUAUUUUGGGCAGGGAUCUGAAUAUUAUCCAACAGAUGACGAAGAAGACUCGUCUAAUGAAGACUCAAUCUGUAUAUCGUUUGGGCGUGGUGUAGAACCAAAUCCAGUAUCCAAUUCACCAUUAAUAGAACAACCAGCACUAAGAGUAGAACAACCAAUACCAAUAAUCCAACAACCAACAACAGUGUUAAAAUCAUCAACUUUCACUACUCACGUCAAUUAUAAUAAUAAUAACUUAGCUGAUGUUAUUCUUCAAGAAGUAAUCGAAGUUGGAACAUCUACUAGUAGUCUUGAGCGAGCUCAAAAACUGUUAAAUACAUUGAGGAAUAAUCGAAGUUCUUCUUUCCAACGAAUAUAUUUAAAUAAUCGAGAAUCAAUACUUACAAAUCAAAGUUUUCGUAGUAAAACUGAAAUAUAUGGAGUUAAUAAAGAAGCGACAAAUUAUGAAAAUGAUUACGAAAAUGAUAUGGAUCAUUAUUUAACAAAUCAAAAUUCAACACGUGCUGCUAAGAGUACAUCAUCAGCAAUUCAUUCCUAUAUGAAUGUAAAGAAAUCUACUAAUUAUCCAAUGGAUACUAUAAACAACAAUCAAUCAUCAAAACAAUCAUUACAAACUUCGUAUAAUAAAGCCCAAAGUCAUCGAUCUACUCCUGAAUCUUCAUUAGAAAGGCAAACAUUACAUGAAACAAAUUCACUUACUCAUAUACAACCAAUCGAAUAUGAAAAUGUUAUUAAUAAUAAUGAAUAUGAAUCAAGUUUAUCUAAAAAAUCAAAAAAAAGUCAUCGAUCACAUCGAAGUGCAAAACCACCAACAAAACCCACUGAAACAGGUGAUGGUUCACACAUUAUUGAUACAAAUCUGAUACCUCGUCGACCAUCUUCAACACCACCAACUGAUUUAGAUGAUGAAAUAAGAAAAGAUAGAGAACGUCAUAAUAGACGUCCACCAUAUCCAAACACACCACGACCACAUCGUGGUAAUCGACCCGAUGAUAAAUACGAUUCUGAUACAAUGUCUGACAAUAUUGAUCGAAUUCCUAAACCAACAGUUGAUCCAAAAAAAUCGAAACUUAUUGAUGGAAGUACACAAUCUGAAGAAAAACCAACACGAAAUAUUGGUACAAUGCAUGAUCCAAUUGAAACACGAAAUUUUGGUAAUGAAGUACAACCACAAACAUCAUCAACCCAAACAUCAUUUCCAAUACAUAAAAAACCACCAAAACCAACCUAUACUUUUAUAGAACGACCUGAACCUCCUGAACCAAUAUAUGAUGAAUCUUAUCCUGAUUCAAGAAUAUGUGACCGACCACAACAUAUACCUAGAGAUGUAUACUAUGAUCUAUAUGAUACAAGACCUCAUGAACCUAAUGAACGUCGGUCUCCAUCACCAUCACCAUCACCACCACCACCACCACGACAAAAAGUUGAUUAUAUCUAUGAUGGACAUUAUCGUCCAUACCAUCAUACACCAUAUAAAGAACCAUCACAUUAUCAUCAAAUUUCAUCAGAAGAUUAUCGUCGUUGUCAAGAGCGCCAUACUCAUUCUCCACCACCACCACCACCAUCAAUAAUACGUCAUACUACUCCUCUACCAACUCAUGAUCAUAUACUAAUACCAACACAUCGAUCACGUAUAUCAUUAUCACCACACCAUCGAUCUCGUAAAACAUCACCACAACAUCGAUCUCAUACUCCUACACCUUCACAUCGUGUUCGUUAUGUUUCACCAAGUCAUCGACCACGUUCGGCUACUCCACGUCAUCGACCACAAAUGCAUUCACAAGAAACAGAUACCAGUCUUGAUGCAAUGAGAAAACAACAUCAUACAGGUGUUCAAUAUGAACCACGAUCAACACAAGAAAAAGGUACAACACCUAGUUUACGAACAAGAAAACCAAUAACAAAUCAACGUUUAACAACAUUCGAUUCAUCAAUAUAUCGUCAACAAAAAUAUCCUACACCAUAUUCAACAUUAACUAAAGACUAUGAUCGUCCACGGAAAACUCAUUGUAUGCCACCAACAAUUUAUGAUGAUUAUGUAGAAGACUAUGAUCGAUAUGAAUAUGAAGAAGAAGAAGAAGAAGACGACGAAACACCUUCAAUGCAUGAUCAAUCAACUAUGGCUGAACUAAUUGUUUAUCUAGAUCAUUAUACACAAUGUGAAUCACAACCAUUUAUGGCUGAUCGUUAUAUUCAAACAACACCAACAGUAGAUGACAAUGAACAAAGAAGUAUACCUGAUUAUACUGACGAAUCAUUUAUUCGACAAUUACCACGUAGUGGUUCAAUAUCUAUUCAACAACCAAUUAUUAUACAACCAGAUUCAUUACCACGUCGACGUCAACCAAAAUCAUCUCCAACACGUCCUAAACGUGAUGGUCUUGAUUAUACGGGAAAUAAUCUUGAAGUUUCACUUCAUCAUGGUCUACAACGAGUAUCAUCUAUACGAGAUUCACCUUUACUUAAUAUUGGUACUGAAAAUGUUUUAAAUCAAUCAACUGCACAUGAAUAUGUUACUCCAUUUGAAACACGUUUUAUAUAUGAAUCAGAUAGUUCAUCAACAUUAAGAUCGAGAAGUAAUGGUUCAGUUAUUGUACCUGUUCUUAAUUCAGCACGAACUCAUAUAUUUACUAGAAGUCCAGCACGUCAAUCAAGAAGUAAUGGAAAUUUUUAUCUUUCAACUGCACCACCACCACGUUCAACAAAUUCGUCAUUACGUAUUAAUAUAACUGAUAAAUCUUAA